AUGCUCCCCGCUACAGCCGUACCACAACAUCCAUUGAAUACACUGGAUCGCAUUGCAUUUUAUAAAAGUGUUCGCGAAAAACGCAAGCAACUACAAUUAAAUCAUCUUACUAAUGGCAAAGAUAAUGAAAGUUCAUCAACAGAGAAUGCUUUUCUCACACAAAUGCUUCAAGCAUCUUCAAAUUCUGCAGCAUCAACAUCUAUUUCAUCAUCAUUGAGUAUCCCAUCACUUUUACGUAAAGGUGAAUUUUCACCAAUAGCAUCUUCGCAUCGAACGGCAUCAAGUAGUACUCUAACGAAUAUUUUACCCGCUCUACUCAAUGGAACAUUACAAUCACCACGCGCUCUAUCACCACCAUCAGGAGCAACUACAAAUGUGGCUAAUUUAAAUUCUCCAACAAGUACAAACACAACAGACACUCUUGUUGAUAUUAAAGCUUCAGCAUCAUUACCUGUGUCACCAAUUGCAAAUAUACACAAUAAUAAUAAUAAUAAUAAUAAUAAUCUAUCGGAAUCUUCAAAUGAUCAUACUGUUGUAACAGCAACUUGUUCACCGCCUCGUUGUCGUUCAUAUCCAAUGACGGUACUUACCAAACGAACAUCACCUUCUGCAUCCAAUGUUCAAACUACGCCAGCAACAUCCAUUGUACAAUCAGUUGCUACAUCUACAUCUUAUUUAUUAGCUACGGCUUCAUCAUGUCCUUCGCUUACGAAUCCAAUCACGUCAUCGGCAUCACCAUCACCAGAUGAUACAACACCAAAAAUUGUUCGAUCAGCUUCAGUGAAAUCAUGUGCAUCCGAUUCAGGUGUUUCAUCGUCCAGCCCAUUGUCAGAUAAUAAUAUUGUUCAUGUUUUUCGUACAAAUCAUAUAGAAGCUAACAACCAACCACAAAUGUCAAACGGAAGUCGAAAGCGAAAAUCACUUGCCCAUUUUUAUGAUGAAUUGAAUAAAGAUAAAAAAUUUUCAACGGAAGCCACUGUUUCAUCAGGUUUUGCUAUGCCAACAUCGACAACAACAACAACAGCAACCAAUAACAUUCCAUUAAGUCAACAAGAAGCUAUUGCCAUUGGGUAUGCUCAAUAUGCCCUCAUGCAUAGUCUAACACAACAAUUUCGUGUCAAUUAUCCAGCUGCAUUUCUGCAUGCAGCUGCAGCAUCAGGUUAUUUACAAUUGCCAACACCUAUGAUGGCUGCUGCUGUAGCUGCAGCAGCUUCGGCUUCGACAAAUAAUAAUCCAAAUAAUUCAUCAUCACCGGAGAAAUUUCGUGAACGUCGAAAACAACAGCAACAACCUGAGAGUGACAAUAAUAACAAUCAUAUGCGAUCGGCACCAUCGAUUAAUGAUCAACCCUAUCGACGUGAAACCUAUCAAACACUACUUGAAAGUAGUCGUUUAUUAGGACAACAAAAAUUACUGAAACCAGUACCGAUCGAUUUACGUAAACACAAUGGAGGAAGUAGAACUAUAGAUAACAGUCCUAUUCCAUCUAAUAUUCGUUAUCCAUCAUCGUCAUCUUCAACGUCUCCAGCAGGUUCACCAUCAUGUGUAAGUCCAUCGAAAUCGAAUAAUAUGGAACCAGUCAAUGAAUAUGUUUGUAUACCAAAAAAGUUAAUGCCUGUUAUUGGUGCACGUAUAAAUGAUUGGCUUGAACGUAAUGUUAAUUUUGCUUUGUCACUUCCAGUUAUUCAAGAAACCAUUGAUAAUGAUAGAGAUAAAUUUGCACUUCUUUCUCGUAUAUGGCAUCGAUUAUUGAUAAUAAGUAUGAUUGAAAAUAGUUUCGAAAUUUAUGUCACAAAAGAUUUACAAAUACCAAGUGACGUAUCAUCGACAACGAGUUCACAUCUUCCAACAGAAAAUGAUGUUAAACAAAUUGAAUUAUUAAUAACUCGCGGUAAAACAUUAGAAAUCGAUGAAAUCGGCUUUAAUCUUAUACGCGAAGUUAUUAUAUAUAAGGAAGGUAAAACUUUGUUUCAAAAUUCGUCUGCCGAUUCAUUUGAAAAAGGUGAAUGUCAUGCGCAAACUCGAUUAACAACAUGGUGUUCAUCGCGAGUUAAAUAUUCUAAAAUAGUCUUCUUCUUAUGCAAUAUCUAUCAAGUUAAAGAAGAUAUAUUUGAAAGAUUGUUUUGUGCUGGUUCCAUGCAUCAGAGUACACCGAUUCAUACAUAUCUUGAACGAUUAUUAGCAUCAGCAUCUUCAUCAGCAUCAUCAUCAUCAUCAUCAAUGGACGACGCUUAG